CACAUUUCCCAGCUCAUAUCUCUCCUGUCUGUCUGUCUGUCUGUCUGUCUGUCUGUCUGUCUGUCUGUCUAUCUAUCUAUCUAUCUACAGUAUCUAUCUAUCUAAUACACAUAUCCUCCUAAUUAUUCUAUUCAGUGUUGUAUGUCAAUGUUGUUCCUUUCUCCAUUCCUAAUCAUUUAUCAUAAAAUUGUUAUAUAUUUUGCAAGGGUUCACACUGAUACAUACUUAGAUUAUUUGCCAAGUGAAAAUCCAUAUCUACAUUAUAUCUUUGAAAUGUAAGCAUAUUGUUCAUCUCUUAGUGAGGUUGGAACUGACAAGCUCUACUUUUACUUAGAGAUAUAACCUAGCCCAGUUAUGUUUUCCUGGAAUAAAGUGUCAUUAAAGUAAGUUUUGUUCUAGACAAAGAUAUUUUGGAUUGUAGUAUAUCUGAAGCAUACUUCUUUAGAAACAAUUAAACAGAAAUCGGUUAGUGUAACAUAAAACUGGGCUGCAGUGGUGCAAUACCAUAUAUGUCAGGUUGUGCAGGAGUAAUCUACACUGAAUACACUAAAAACAUGCAUAUGAUUUUAUAGUUAUGCAUCAUAGUCCUCCUAAGUAGUAUUUACUCAUAGGUUAGACCAACUUUACUUGCACAUAAGACCUAUAGAUUUAAUAGGGCAUUUAGGUAUUAAGGUAUUUAGGUAUUAGGGCAUUAAGGGUAUUUAAUUCCAUGUAAAUACCCUUAAUGGGGCAACAUUACUGUCUAUCAUCAGUUUUCUAGUAGGAAGUAGGAAAUUCUGCAUUUCCCCCAUUAGUUUAUUUGUUCUUGUGAAGAUGCUAGAAGUGACAUUAUAUCAGGUUACCGCAGUUUCUCCCGUUAUCCUCUGUCUAAUCUGUUGCGCUCCUCCCUUAAUGGGAUUGAAGCCUUCUUUUAAAGCAGCUAUGUAGGAAUAGCAGCAUAGCUGCUUUGUGAUUCGGGCUGUGACGCAAUAAGAGAGCGUAGUUACCAAAAGGUGUUUAGUGUAGCCCAGCAAGUAUUAAUUGAAACAUGUGCCCAGUCAGCUGAGUUGGAUUUUGAAGCAGCUAUGAAGUACCCCCUGGUCCCUUUAAUCAAUGACUUGACAUUUCCUGUCCUUUUCUUUUGGUUUUGCUUGCCUUUUGGGAUAUUACUGAUCUUGUUGAUUUUCUGGUUUCAGCGUCUUCUAAAUGAAGAUCACGGACUUACCGUUAAAAAGAUAGAGAUGCCACCAUCCGAUAAUACUGAUGGAAACACUGACUUCCAAACUGAAAGUGAACCCAAAGGAAAUAACGGCCAAAGCAAUACUCAGAAAAGGGCCUCAAAAAGUGGCCCGAGGAUGGCGCCAUCUGUGAAAACAAUAGGAUCCAAGCCUGCCUAUCUGAGCUCCAAAGAAGGAGUCCAGGAGAAAGGUUUAGCUGCCAUAAUUUCAGAAAAACUGGACCAGUCUAUUAAACAGUACUGCUCUGAGAAAAACUCCUUGUAUAACACAUCGAUGCUGCUGUGUGUUCUGCUGAUCUCUCUCCUCUUCAGCCUUCUCUGCCAGUUGUUUGAGAUCUCCAAGGUUCUGCGAAUCCAGCUUCUGCCUAUGUCUCCGUUUAUCCGCAUCUAUCGAAUCUUUGCCUGGAUGGGUGAAAAGCCUGUGAACAUCAUGACUUCCCUGAAGCAAGGAAUCUUUGCUCUGUUACCUUCCAUCCUGCGUAAAAAAGAGAAAAAGGACUUCUGGGACGAAUAAUAUGUGUGAGGAAAAUUAAAAUGUAGCUACUCCACCAAGUAAAGCAAAAGUAAUGCAUUCUUGUAACAAUCACACACUUGUCGGGAUUACUGAAAUGUGUUUCAUUGCUAUUAUUUCAGGUUGGCAGUUUUAAAGAGUGAGAAGUUGCAUCUGUUAUAUUAUUUCAGUUUUGUCCACGUCACAAGGAAGUGGUGGAACCAAAAUCUUAACAUUGCAAUCUUAUUCUUUGUUCUAGGUAAAUGUAUCAAAGUACAGUAGAGUCUCACUUAUCCAACACUCGCUUAUCCAACAUUCUGGAUUAUUCAACGCAUUUUUGUAGUCAAUGUUUUCAAUACUUUGAUAUUUUGGUGCUAAAUUCGUAAAUACAGUAAUUACAACAUAACAUUACUGCGUAUUGAACUACUUUUUCUGCCAAAUUUGUUGUUAAACAUGAUGUUUUGGUGCUUCAUUUGUAAAAUCAUAACCUGAUUUGAUGUUUAAUAGGCUUUUCCUUAAUGCCUCCUUAUUAUCCAACAUAUUCGCUUAUCCAACAUUCUGCCAGCCCGUUUAUGUUAGAUAAGUGAGACUCUACUGUAUACUGUUCUAUUACAUACGUGGAUAAGCUGCAACCUUUCAGGUAUUGUUGGACUGUACCUCUCUGCAUUCCUCAUCAUUUAAAAUGUUAGCUCUGGUUGCUGGAACUUUUCAGUUGAACCUCUUUGCCUACCUCUUUUCUAUUAAAACAAAGAGGCUUUAUAGUCAUGUAGCCUACCAAUUACCUUUACUACUUUGAGUAAAAAGUAUUCUCAACAUAUGCACACCUUACAACAGUAAAUUCCUACUAUUAUUUCAAUGUUAGCUUUUUCUAAGUGUAUUAGUGAAGAAAUUAUAUCACAUUGAACAUUCUGUCUUUUAGAUAAAUGUGUUUUCAUUAUUUAAAUCUAAGAGUACUUAUAGCAGCUUCCUCUUCCUCCUAUUUCCAAUAUAGAGCUUAUGGCAAAGUGGUAUUAUGUCUGUAUGGAUAAUAAUGUUGUUAGUUUUAACCACAAAUGGCAAAUACAGGUUGAACAUCCUUUGAAUUCCAAAAUCCUCCACAUGGAUGACUGAUGCCUUUGUUUUCUAGUGGCUCAAUGUACACAAAUUUUGUUUCGUGCAUUUUUUUAAAAAAAGAAUUGCAUAUAAAAUUAUCUUUAGAUUAUGUAUCAGUUGUUUCUGAAACAUAAAUACAUUCUGAGAUAGCUCAUUAUAAAUAUGUAAAUAUUCAAAAUCUGAAAAAUUCAAAAUAUGGAAUAUGGUACUUCUGCUCCAAAGUAUUUUGGAUAAGGGAUACUUAACCUCUAAUGUCUAAAGCGAGCUUCCCAAUUAGAGUUAAUGUUAAAACUGUAUGCAGAUACGAUGCAUUAUAGUUGUGACCAAGACAAUGUCUGUGCACAGGUUUCCUUUCUAUUCCAAGCAAUUAAGAAAGUAGCAACAAUGUAUCAACACAACAUUUAUAUGCUUUCUUGAAUGUUGAAUUGUGAUGGCUUAUAGUGAUGGCUAUUAUUUACUAUGUGCUAUUAAUUAUUUCUCAAUUGUUAAGUCAGGAAAAACAGUAGUCUGAUAUAUUAUGAUUAAUAUGAAAGAUUUCAGUUUCAGAUACUACCUCAUUAAAUGUAUUGUGCUAAGUAUAUAAAAAGCUUGAUAUAUUUGGAGCCUAUUUAAACAGUAAUGAGUGAAACACUUUAAGCUGCCCUUCAAAACCUUCUGAAUAUCUAGCUAUGCUGUCUAGAAUUGAAUUACAAAGUUACGAUGUUAUAGAUAACUGCUAUAAAUGUAUUGAAAAGCUAUUUUUUGAGAUUUGCACUAGAUAUUAAAAUGUAUUUUCUUGCACUUCUUUUCAUUCAGCUAUAUUCCUUGAUGUCUUCAGUGCCAGUUCAUAAGCAGUUUUAUUCUAAUUUCAGUUUUAAUAUAUCUGCUCUGUUUGUUUAUUUUUUCAGAGCUUUUUCACAAGUACCUUGUGUAUCAGUAUCCUUCUAUCCCAAAUCUUUUGAGUUUCAAGUCAGUAUUCCCUCAGUAUCAAAGGAUUGGAUGCAAACAUGAAAACUAAAUAAUUUUACUAAGGCAUACCCUUUCUUGGCUUUGGUUAACACACAUAUGGCAUUUUAUUUGCUGUCUGUGUCCCUGUUCAGAAGAUUUCACCUCACUUUCUGUCUCUGUGAUAAUUGGAUUUUGAAAAAAAAAAUUGGAUUGUUGUGGAAACAAGGAUUGGUGAUAAAAUUUCAGUGGAGACACCUUUCCCCUAAAACUCUUUCAGAAGCGAAUUUCCCUUCUGAUGGGUAGAUUUCUCUCACUUCCUGUUGCCUCAGCCCCAUUCUUAACUAUGAGUUAUUUGUAAGUUGGAUGUUUGUAACCUGGGGACUGCUUAUAUAGGGAAGUUUAUGCCACAAUAAAAUCUGUUUUGCUGUUAAAAUACCAGAACAUUUCUUAUGGAUUUGGCUGCAAUGAAUCACAUGCCCUUUCAUACCACACAGCUAUAACACUAUGAUUCUCCUUUAACUGCCAUGGCUACAACCUGCAGAAUCAUGGGCUUUGUAAUUUGGUGAGAUACGAGAGCUCUCUGUCUCAGCUCCUCUCUAAUCUGCAAAUCCCAGAAUGCCAUACAAUGUUUCCAUGGCCAUUAAAUUGUAUCAUAAUUGUGUAGUAUGGAACUGAUCUAAUGAGGCUAUACACUCUGGGAAAUUCCUACAUUAAAAACCAAAUUAUUCUUUGUUACUCAGAUAUUUGCUGCACUCCUUCUUAGAAGCAGACACGGAGCUCAGAAAAUAUACAUUUCUUUUCUUUAUUUGAGAAAUCCUGGGAAACAGGUCAACCCCACCAAUGAAUAAACUUUGAUUUGCUUGCUGUUA